AUGCCUUGUAAAGUUUAUGGGUCUCCAAAAAGUUUUCGAAUGCAAAAAAUUCUGAUAGCUGCCAAAAUCGGGAAUAAGGAUGUCAGUGUGAUAGAUCAGAAGCCUCCACAUAAUAAAUUCCCUCUUGGAGUGACUCCAGCAAUGGAAGAUAACAAUAUCACACUCUUUGGUGCUGACGCAAUUAUGCUUCAUUUGGCAGGUGAAGCAAUGAAGGAAGCAAAUUGCUCUGAAGUGUUGCAGUGGAUGCAGUGGUCUGAGGGGCAACUAAUACCAAAUGUUUUAGGUUACGUAUUACCGAGCGUUUCAGCCGCUCAUAUUGACAGUGAGAUGUUGGAAGCAGCAAAGACAGAAUUGCUUAUGCAGCUCAAGUGUUUGAAUACACUGCUCCUAACAAAAACUUUUUUAGUCGGAGAAAGGAUGUCUCUUGCUGAUAUUUCUGUGGCGAUGGAUUUACUUCCUGCAUACCAGUAUGUUUUGGAUGAAGCAGCACGUGCAUCGCUGAUUAACGUUAAUCGUUGGUUCAGAACCAUAAUUAACCAGAAAACUGUUAAAGAUGUUCUUGGAGAAGUACAGUUUGCCGUAGAAGUUCUCAGAUUUGAUAGUGCGAAAUUUAAAGAAUUAUCCGCAAAGUUAUCGAAAGAACGUACUAGUCAUAAAGAUGGAAAGAACAAAGGACAAAACAAAGAGCAGCAGAAAGAAGAUAAAAAAGCCAAAAAAAUAAAAAACGAGAAUGAUGAUGAAGCAGAUGCUACUGAUGAAGCGUUAGCUCAGGAGCCAAAAUCGAUUGAUCCUUUUGCCGCUAUGCCUAAAGGAAGUUUUGUGAUGGAUUCCUUCAAGAGAGUUUAUUCCAACGAAGAUACAGCUACGAAAGCAGUGCCUUACUUCUGGGAGAACUUUGAUUCGGAAAAUUAUUCAAUUUGGUUCGCUGAAUAUAAAUAUCCCGAAGAUUUGACUCUGACGUUUAUGAGUUGUAAUCUUAUAAGUGGAAUGUUCCAAAGAUUGGAAAAACUGAAGAAAAAUGCUUUCGCAUCGGUUUGUUUGUUUGGUACGGAUAAUUAUUCAACAAUAUCGGGGAUUUGGAUUUGGAGAGGACAUGAAUUGGCUUUUAAACUCUCACCAGACUGGCAGGUUGAUUAUGAAAGUUAUGACUGGAAGAAGCUAGAUCCUGCCGAUGAAAAGACGAAGAAAAUUGUUAAUGAAUAUCUGAUGUGGGAGGGUGAUUUUGAUGGAAAGACGUUCAAUCAGGGAAAGAUAUUCAAAUGA